AUGCAUAUAAAGAUGCAGGACCAGCUCGUUUGUCAUGGCUGUAGAAACACAUUGAUGUAUCCUAGAGGAGCAACGAACGUGCGUUGUGCGUUAUGUAGCACCAUCAACAUGGUUCCUCACCUUCCUCAUCCUCAUCAUCCUCCUCCUCCUCAUCCUCACGGGAUGGACAUGGCUCACAUUGUGUGUGGUGGUUGUCAAACAAUGCUUAUGUAUACUCGUGGCGCAAAUAGCGUAAGAUGCUCUUGCUGUCAGACUGUGAACCUUGUGCCAGCACACUCGAAUCAGGUUGCACAUGUCAAUUGUGGGCAUUGUAGGACGACCCUCAUGUAUCCUUACGGUGCAUCAUCUGUUAAAUGUGCUCUUUGUCAAUUCGUUACUAACGUUAACAUGGGCAAUGGAAGGGUUCCUCUGCCAACUAGCCGGCCAAAUGGAACAAUGCCCUCUACAUCCACUUCAACACCACCCUCUCAGACCCAAACCGUUGUUGUAGAGAACCCCAUGUCCGUUGAUGAAAGUGGAAAGUUGGUGAGCAACGUUGUGGUUGGAGUGACAACCACCGACAAAAAAUAACCGAGAAUGAGUGAUCUGAAAGAUCAAAAUAGAUUCAUCUAUCCCUGCGUCUGGCUUGUGCAUAUUACAUACGCGGAUAAAGUUUCUGUUUACAUACCUCAUGACUCCUUUUUUUUAAACCCAAGAAAAAGGCUUAUUCAGUCAGAAUCUCUUUGUUUGAGUUUUGUUUUUUGUGGGUUUUUUUCAAAGUUGAUGAACACAAAAGGUUUUUUUUUGUUUUGUUUGGUCUAAUAAUCUUGGAUUCCUGUUUGUAGACUUCUAAACUCCAUUGGCCCUUUGUGGCAUUGUUAAUGUACAAUCUGAUACACCAGCCAAACAUUAAGAUUUUUGGGUUUGAAAUCUGUUUGCUUCAUGGAACAGGAACAUGUCAAGAAACUACUGAUCUUAGCUUUGGUAGAUAAGACUCGUCUUAAAAUCUGGAAAUCUGUUUUGCAGUAAUCUUUUCACAACGACCAAAACCUAAUCGAUAAACUCCAAGAACCUUAAAGUUAGAUGAUCUGACAAAACCUCCAAACAAGACCAAAUACAAACUUCUUUUUAUAUAAAUACACUGUCACAUUUGACACAGAGACUCAUCACUUUUCUCUUGAUCACUCACUGCAUCGACUAUGGCCGGAGAGAAGAAGAUUCCGUUGACAAAGAGCUGGAAACUACUCCUGGGGCUGAGAAUAUUUGCAUUCAUGGCUACUUUAGCUGCAGCCAUUGUAAUGGCACUGAACAAAGAGACAAAGACUUUAGUUGUGGCCACCAUUGGCACUAUUCCUAUCAAAGCCACUUUAACCGCUAAGUUUCAGCACACACCAGCUUUCGUGUAAGCUCACAAAACCUUACAUUAAGGACUAGAUUCGAUACCUGUGGAAGUUACUAACUCUGAUUCUUGGUGAAAAAAAAUGUAUUUACAGGUUCUUUGUUAUAGCUAAUGUGAUGGUGAGUUUCCACAACUUGUUGAUGAUUGCUCUUCAGAUUUUCAGCCGAAAACUGGAAUACAAAGGUCUCCGUCUCCUCUCCGUAGCUAUUCUCGACAUGGUAUAAACAUAUAAAAACCAUUCUCGAUUGAAUCAGUUCAGGUUUAUAUACUUUCAAUACUACAUGUAUUGACUCGGUUUCUUGAUAGCUAAACGCCACUCUGGUAUCUGCGGCUGCAAACGCGGCGGCGUUCAUGGCGGAGCUGGGAAAGAACGGGAACAAGCACGCCAAGUGGAACAAAAUCUGUGACAGGUUCGCCACUUACUGCGAUCACGGCGGAGGAGCACUCAUCGCCGCCUUCGCCGGAGUCAUUCUUAUGCUCAUCAUCUCCGCCGUCUCCAUUUCCCGCCUCUUACUCGAUUCUAAGAAGUUCUCCACCGCCGCUACCGCCACAUCUCCGUCGGAUCUCGCCGCCGUGUCCUAAAACACGGCCGUCAGAAUUCAGGAAUGUGUGUAUAAAUGAAUAUAUUGUUGUGAUUUACUUUGUGUGUUGUCUCUCAACUCUCAAGUGACGACUAUUCGAUUGUCUAGUGCACUGCUCUGUUUUGUCACUUUCAUUUCUUUUUUAUUUCUCAAUUACUUCUUAUAUUAAAUUUGGUUAACCCAUAUAUAAUUUUACUAAACUGUUUACAUAAAGUCUAGAAAGUCAAUCCGAAUUAUAUAGUCCGCAUAC